AUGAAGCUCCACAUCCUCACCCUCGCAGUGCUCGCGACACUGGCCUCGACACACGUCCUCCCUCCCAGAGAUACCUCACUCACGAACCUCACCUACGGUGUCAACCUCAAAGAUACACCCGAAGACCAUGCCGCAGCGACAUUCGAUCCCUCCACCGUCCACACCACCGCCGACCCCCCACCCCCCAACGCCAAAUACGACAAAGCCGUCUCCACCGGCCAAACCCUCGACUCCGCCAUGAAAUCCAAAGACAACAUCGCGCGCUGGCUCUUCAAAGACUUCCCGCAAUACGCUGAAACCUGUCAAUCCCCGUUCACCGGCGACGGGCGUGCCGACCUCGCGAAAUGGGGUUUCGACGACAGUGACGCACUGAGCGAGAAGAUAAAGAACGAAUGCGACUUCGAUGCGUAUCAUAAGAUUAAAGCCGCGUUCGAUGAGAUUGGUCUUGAUACGAAGGCGGCGAAGGAUGGGGGGCCGAAUCGGUGUUUCAAGGUUAAUCAUCGGGAUGGGCCGGCGAUUAAGAGGGAUGAGAAGGGGGAGUUGCCGAAUGAGGCGAAGCAGUAUUAUGAUGCCACAGGCGCAUCCUACGAAUUCGCCGCCAACCCCUCCGGCCUCCUCGCCCUCAUGAACAUCAUGUCCAUGACCUACUCCGCAAAAACAUACACCUGGUUCCGCACGCCCCUGCCCAGCGAACUCCCCGACAUAGGCACCACGCAGGAUAUCGGGUGGGCCAUGUGGAACCGCGUCGGCGCGACUAGUCCCGCUGGAUUGAAGGGAUUGAAGUAUCUGCUUGUGACGCAGGUGAUGAAUGCGGGGAGUAGAGAGAUAUUUCGGCAUGCGCUGGGCUUGUUGGAGCCGCCGGAGAGUUCGCCGGUGGGUCGAUGGGCGGGCUAUCUCUUGCUCCAGCACAAGGACCAGCUCGGUGGGAAUCGGUACAUCGAGAAGGUGAGGCUGUUCAAACCGCCCGGGGCGAGCUUGCCAUACCUUCUCUUCUACGUCGCGAAGGAUCCGUGGGUCGGCGAAGUCAAACCGGUGGCUGCGAAGAUGGUGAGCGGGAUGAACGUCACGAAUGCGUUGGAGAUGGAUGAUGGGAUGACUGCGACGGAUGUGUCGGUGAAGAGAGGGGAUGAAAAGAACCUCAUCAGACAGCAUGUCGUCGUUGUACGAACAUAG